AUGUCCGCCAACAUCACCGGCCAUAUCGAUGUGGCCCAGGUCGUGCUUUACACCUUCUGGCUGUUCUUCGCCGGGUUGAUCUUCUAUCUGCGCCGGGAGGACCGGCGCGAGGGCUACCCGCUGGAGUCCGAGGUGACCGGCAAGCCCUACGACGAGGACUCCAUCCUGAUGCCGAGCCGGAAGGUCUUCCGCCUGGCCAGCGGCGAGCAGACCGACUCCAUGCGCCGCGACCGGCGCGAGAUCAAGCUGACGCCGACCCAGGGCUGGUCGGGCUCGCCCUUCGAGCCGACCGGCGACCCUAUGGUCGACGGCGUCGGCCCGGCCUCCUGGGCCGAGCGGCGCGACGUGGUCGAGCGCACCGCCGACGGCCACGCCAAGAUCGCGCCGCUGCGCAGCCUGCCGGACUUCGCCGUCGCCAAGGGCGACCUCGACCCGCGCGGCCUGCCGGUCAAGGGCUGCGACGGCAAGGUGGCCGGCACGGUCAGCGACCUCUGGGUCGACCACGGCGAGCAGAUGAUCCGCUACCUGGAGGUGGAGCUGGCCGACGGCGGCGAGCCGGCCGUCGGCAAGCUGCUGCUGCCGAUGCCCAUGGCCAAGCUGACCGGCCACCCGGCGCAGGUCUCCGUGACCUCCAUCCGCAGCGACCAGUUUACCGGGGUGCCGCGCACCAAGAGCGCCGACGAGGUCACCCUGCUGGAGGAGGAAAAGGUCGUGGCCUACUACGCGGGCGGCUACCUCUACGCCAAGCCGAGCGAGACCAUGUGCGAGAUCGAGAUCGAGGAAAUCCCGGGCCUGCCCGGCAAGCUGCCCGCCGGCGAACGCCUGCUCUGGCAGGGCCGGCCGCGCUGGCAGGCGCUGGCCCGGCGCACCUUCAAGACCCGCUGGGUGGCCGGCUACUUCGCGGUCUUCGCCGUCUGGUGGAGCGUCUCGGCGGCGGCCGAGGGGGCGCCGCCGGCGGCGGCGGCGCUGGAGGGGCUGGCGCUGCUGCCGAUCGCCGCGCUGGCGCUCGGCCUGCUGGGCCUGCUCGCCUGGCUGACCGCGCGGACGACGAUCUACACCAUCACCAGCCGGCGCGUCGCGAUCCGCUACGGCAUCGCCCUGCCGAUGACCGUCAACCUGCCCUUCGCGCGGAUCGGCUCGGCCGACCUGCGCGCCGAGCGCGACGGCUCGGGCGACAUCGUGCUCAGCCUGCUCGGCCGCGACCGCCUGGCCUACCUGCACCUCUGGCCGCACGUGCGGCCCUGGCGCUUCACGCGGGUGCAGCCGAUGCUGCGCGGCCUGGCCGAGGUGCGCCAGCCGGGCCGCAUCCUGGCCGAGGCGCUGGCCGCCGCCCUGCACGAGCGGCAGGCCGCGGCCCGGGCCGAAGCCGCGGCGCAGCCCGAGGUGAGCCGAAUCAACGACCCGCGCCGGCAGCCGGCCGAGGCCGGGGCUGAGGCUGCGGCCGAGGCGGUCCCCCUGCGGAUCGCCGCGGCCGAGUGA